UGGGCAGAGACAAUUUCAGCAAGUGUCACGUCAUGCUUUUGCCAACUUUCCGAUUAAAAGGUGACAUUCCUGCAUAAGCAUUUCCCUGUUAAAAUGUCCUUGCCCCUUACAGAGGAGCAGAGGAAAAAGAUUGAAGAGAACCGACAAAAGGCUCUGGCCCGAAGAGCUGAGAAGUUGCUAGCAGAGCAGCAUCAGAGCACGGGCUCGGUCUCUUCCAUUGCUGCCAGCUCUCCUCAGGCCAAGCCAGGCCCUUCCCACAGUCUCCCAAAGGGGCCUUCUAAGCCAGCGAGCCAUGGUAUCAUUUUCAAGCAACAGAUUAGCAGUAGUUCACCUACUGGUGACCAAAGACCUCAUAAUUCCGACAGUUUUCAUAUCAGCACACCAGACCAGGCAAAGAGGAUAUGGAAGAGGCAAGAAGAAAUGUCCACCGCCUGCCCAGGCCACAGCCCACCAAGUCAAAUGACUCACACUGAGCUCUCCCUUCCUUUGGCACAAAAUCCUCCAAGUGUCCCUAAUCAACAGCUCUUGGGUUUUGAAUUAGGUCAAGGUCAUCCUCAGGCUUCACAUGAGAUCAACUUGACAUCCUUUGCUAACACUACUCAUAAGCCAUUGGCCAAAGCCAAGUGUUCCCAAGAGAUACCAGCUUCUUCCUCUGGACAGCCUCCCAUGGAUGCUAAACUAGAGGUCAAGACAGUAAAAGCUUCCACCUCGGGGCAGAACAUUUCUGGUAUCCACUGUGGUUCAGGUGGUGUAAUGCCCAAGACAGGAGAAAAACAACAGAAAUUGGGAUCCUCCCUCCAAAAAGCAGUAACCUCCCAGAAGGGAACAUGUGAAAGGAAUGGAGAUCGUUUCCAGGUGAACAUUGGAUACAACGCGGAACUCCUCGCAGUGUUUAAGAGUCUGCCCAGCAGAAGUUAUGAUUCUCACACCAAGACAUGGAACUUCAGCAUGACUGACUACAGUGCCCUGAUGAAAGCCGUCCAGCAUCUCCCCACAGUCACCCUGAAGCCUUUGGAAGGGGUGGAUGGCAGCGAGGAGUCACCCUCCACCAGCAGCGGGGGACAGGCCAGCCUCCCUUCAGCUCCGUCCCUUGCCUUUGUCAAAGGGCAGUGCAUGCUCAUCUCCCGCGCCCGCUUCGAGGCAGACAUCAGUUAUUCAGAGAACCUGAUUGCGCUGUUUAAACAGAUGGAUUCCAGAAAAUAUGAUGUCAAGACCAGGAAGUGGAACUUUCUCUUGGAAGAGCACAAUGAACUAAUUAAAAGGGUGCGCUGCCUCCCACAAGUUCAGCUGGAUCCCCUGCCCACGACUCUCACCUUGGCUUUUGCUUCUCAGCUCAAGAAGACGUCUCUACAUCUCACGGCAGAUGUCCCAGAGGCAGACCUUUCUGAAGUGGACUCCAAGCUUGUAUAUAAUCUGAUGCCCUUUCAGAGAACUGGAGUCAAUUUUGCCAUAGCCAAAGAAGGCCGCCUGCUUCUUGCUGAUGACAUGGGCCUGGGGAAGACCAUUCAAGCCAUCUGUAUAGCAGCCUUUUACCGGAAGGAGUGGCCGCUCCUGGUGGUGGUUCCGUCCUCUGUGCGCUUCACCUGGGAGCAGGCCUUCCUUCGGUGGCUGCCAUCUCUGAACCCAAAUAGCAUCAAUGUUGUGGUGACCGGGAAGGACCGCCUGACAGCUGGCUUGGUCAACAUUGUCAGCUUUGACCUUCUUAGCAAGUUGGAAAAACAACUCAAAACCCCUUUUAAAGUUGUCAUCAUUGAUGAAUCUCACUUCCUCAAAAACAGCAGGACUGCCCGCUGUCGAGCAGCUAUGCCCGUCCUAAAGGUCGCCAAGAGGGUGAUCCUGCUGUCGGGCACACCAGCCAUGUCCCGACCCGCAGAGCUCUACACACAGAUCAUCGCGGUCAAGCCAACUUACUUCCCUCAGUUUCAUGCCUUUGGACUUCGCUACUGUAAUGCCAAGCGGAUGCCUUGGGGAUGGGAUUACUCAGGCUCCUCUAACCUCGGAGAGCUGAAGCUCCUACUGGAGGAAGCAGUCAUGCUGCGGCGCCUCAAAUCUGAUGUCCUUUCCCAGCUGCCUGCCAAACAGCGCAAGAUGGUGUUGGUCGCCCCAGGACAGAUCAAUGCCAGGGCCAGAGCUGCCCUGGAUGCCGCAGCCAAGGAAAUGACCACCAAGGACAAAACUAAACAACAGCAGAAAGAAGCCCUCAUUCUCUUCUUCAACAGAACGGCCGAAGCCAAAAUCCCGUCUGUUAUUGAAUACAUCUUAGAUCUACUGGAGAGUGGAAAAGAGAAGUUUCUAGUGUUUGCACACCAUAAGGUGGUUCUGGAUGCAAUUACCAAAGAGCUGGAGAGAAAGCAUGUGCAGCACAUCCGCAUCGAUGGCUCCACCUCCUCAGCAGACCGGGAGGACCUGUGCCAGCAGUUCCAGCUGUGCGAGAGGCACGCAGUGGCCGUGCUGUCCAUCACCGCGGCCAACAUGGGCCUUACCUUCUCUGCGGCUGACCUGGUGGUGUUCGCUGAGCUGUUCUGGAACCCAGGGGUGCUGAUCCAGGCUGAGGACCGGGUGCACCGUAUUGGGCAGACCAGCUCCGUGGGCAUUCACUACCUCGUGGCGAAGGGCACAGCUGAUGAUUACCUGUG